UACACUAAGCAAAAGCCGGCCUCUUACACCUGCUAUCUCUGGUGGCUUGAAAAACAAGCAAGAAUUAGGGCUUAAAAUGGGAACCAUUUGGAGCGGAGGACACAAAUCCGGAGAAGAAAUCGAAAUGGCUCUUUCCAAAGUUAAAGAAGUCGUCUCCUCAAAUCCCGUCGUCGUCUUCAGCAAAACUUACUGUGGAUACUGUAAGAGGGUGAAACAGCUGUUCAAAGAGCUUAAUGUAUCUUACAAGCUUCUGGAAUUGGAUGAAGAAAGUGAUGGCAGUGAAAUUCAAUCAGCUCUAGCAGAAUGGACCAAACAGACAACUGUACCAAAUGUGUUCAUCGGUGGGCAGCACAUCGGUGGUUCAGAUGCUGUUAUGGAGAAGCAUAGAGCUGGGAAGCUGGUGCCGAUGCUGACAGAAGCAGGUGCCAUUGCUAACAACUCUGCUCAGCUCUCCAGCAUAUGAUAUGAUAUAUAUGAAUCUUGAAGGUUGGUGUCGAUAAUUAAAUAAAUGAUAGGAUAACAAAUAUGUGUCUAUUCCAAUUGUGGAUGUGUGUUUUGUUUAAUGUGAUGUAUAAAUAUAACUACUUAUUACUUAUGUAAGGAUCCCAUAAUAACAUUUUAAGUUAACAACAUAUAUUUGCAGAUA